CAUCCGCAGAGCAGUCGACGACUUACUUCUGUCUUGCCGUGAGCUCGUCCGCGCCAAACGUUGUCCCGACUUUGCCGCACCAGUCGGCUCCGAUCCGGACGUACCAUUGGUCUACCGCGGUUUAGAAUUUUCGUCUACUCACUUACUUCUUACGUCCGUCCGUCUUGCUGACCGCAACUACACCGAGCCACACCGGCCCCCGGGUACUCUCCGUCGGCCAUGGGUUAACCGACAAUGGUCUGCACCUAUCAGGUUAGGUGGCGUUUAAAUUUGACCGUCCGUCCGUCUUCGAAGUCUUACCCGCCAAUGACGAUUCGAGUCGCCUCACCACAUGUUAAAAUUUAGUGUUUGGGGUGCCGGCGGCUAGUGUUAGACCGUAGAGAUGGCGUGGUUGGUACAGCGGUAGGGUCAAAACGGAAGGGCUGAAGAGCGCCCUGGCCCGGCUUCGGCAGAGGACCUCUGGACAUUCCCAUGAAAACCAUACAGACUCCGCUCACCAACAUGCUCACGUUGGUGGCGGUUGGACACCGACCGGUGCUGAUGUCGGCGGUACCGGUAAGCACAGGAUGGCGGUUUUCGUGAGGAAGUCGGCGCCGGGAUCUCCAACGCCGUCGUCGGCUUCCAGCUACAACACUGCGUCUUCCGGCAACGACCUGAUCGCCAGCGCGUCCAGCGCUCUCCGGCGGUUGCACUUCAAGUCUGCCGGCGCCCACCGCAUGCUCAACCGGUCCAAACAGCCGCAGUCGCAACAGACUUCGCCGGUGCCCAAAGUCAAGGUGAUCGGCUCCAGCUCAAUAUCCGUCGAGUCUUCGGCCACGGUCAACACUAGCACCGACUCUUCUAUGGUCACCAUGACCACGGUAACCGACACGGAAAACGAAGACAGCAUCGACAACCCGCACGUGGAACCCAAAAUGAGGAUCAUCCCUAAUUUGCUGGAUGAAGUGUUGAACGGAACCCAAUCCUCGUCGUCGGCCGAAAAGGAUGACGAGUUCUACAGCGCUUCCAGCACCGAAGAACAACCCAAGGAUGAUCCGAAGGCCAUUUUUACCGUGCAAGACACUGCACCCGAGGAGUACGACGACAGCGGACUAGCUUUCCUACAGUACACGGCUCUGCCGACUAGCAACUACCAUAGCCACAACAACAACAAUAACAACAACAAUGACAACAACAAAAACAACAACCACGACAGCGGCGACGAGGAAGACGAUAACAGAACGUCCAGGGUGGAAGACUUCAGACCGGCCGACAGAAACCAAAAUUCUGAUGACGAUGCGGAUAAUACUUUGGAAUGGAGAAACAUCAUGAAAAGACAAGCGUUACUCGAGAACCUACACCGCAACACUAUAAUAGCCAAUAAAAGGUUAAAGUUGCUUUCGAGGAGGUACGCCAAAAGUCGGUUUGAAGAGGACAGAACCCGAACGGAGAUCGGCAGAAAUUCUUCUGGAUUCGCAGCCGAACAAAUGACCAUUGACAGCGAGGACUCGUUUCAGGUGGACAAUGGGUCACCGCCCGUGCCGUCGUCGCCUACCGGGGUCUCGGGUUCUCCUGUUAUAGGAGAUAGCUCAUCGUCGCCUACCAAGUCCAAACAGCACUUUACCUUCCCCACGGUCAACGAAACCGAAGAGCACGGCGUUCGUUUGGAUAUUAACAAAAGGCGACCGUCGGCGGUAUUCGGUAGGACGCCGGACUGGAACAAGGACCGGAGGAGUUCUGCCGUUUUGCUGGACGCGUUGAUCAUCAACAAAAGUCAGUCGGCUGCUGUGGUCAUGUCGGAUACAGGCCAGGUGGCGACAAUCGUUGUACAACAGCCUUCACUGUGCGGCAACUCGCCCGAACACGGCCACGAUGCAUGUCAGACCGCUCCCGUUGAACUACCAAUCGACUUCAACCGGUGGCCCGGGUUCGCCAACUGUCUGAGCACACAACAGUACUACGACUUUCAAAUGAAGUAUGGAAGCCCACAUCACAAUCGGUCGCAGAGUGUCCGAACGCCGGGCAGUAAAAGCACAGUGCAGCUGCAACUCGGGCCCAACGGAAUACCCAAAAACCGUUCUAAUCAGCUCACGUUGCCCCAACAACGGUCUAGAGUGGCUAGUAUGCCGAACACGGGCGUGGAAGAAGAAUAUUACAGGAUUCGGCAGUUCACCAUCACCGGCAAGGGUAUAAUAAAUCGAGGAGAUUCUUUGAAAAGUCGUAGAUCUAAGUCCAACAACAGCGUCGCGUCCAGUAACUCCAGCACCGAACACUUAACGGCCACCAAUUGCACCGUGAUCGGUGCCGGAGGAGGCGGUGGAGGUUCGUAUCCAGGAUCAGCGAGAACCAGUGCCGGCACCUCUUUGGCGUCGUCCAGGGAAUCCAGUUGCGCCAGUUGUCCCGGCAUCACCCAACCAUUCCGCAUUGCCAUGAUAGGCGCCACCGGUGUGGGCAAGACAUCACUGGUCUGCCAGUUUAUGACCUCCGAGUCAUUACACAUUUACGAUGCUUCCAUCGACGAAGACGGUGAAAAAUCGGUAUCAGUAUUGUUAGACGGCGAAGAAUCCGAGUUGAUAUUUUUGGACAAACCAAAUGCGCCUAAUGAUUGUAACGACGUGUUCGAAGAAACGCCACACGCUUACUGUAUUGUAUACUCGAGGAACGACUGGGACAGUUUCAAGCAAGCUGAAGAAUGGCUUCAAGCUCUGUGGAAAGCCGAUUUAGUCAGGAACAAAGCUGUGAUACUGGUCGGCAACAAGAACGACAUUGUGAGACCAAAUGUCGUAUCAUCGGGAGUCGGCAAGCAGAUGGCCACUCGGUACGAUUGUAAGUUCAUCGAAACGUCAGUGAUCAUCAACUACAACGUGGACGAGUUGCUUGUGGGCAUACUAACGCAGAUCCGGCUAAAACUUGAGAAGCCGCCCGAUAGCGGCACUCACAAAUCAAUCUCCAUGCGGAAAAGGUCCAAGUCGCCGUUGACCAAUUGUGGGCCGACGUUCAAAAAGUACAGGGGAUCUCGGACAUCUACCAGCCUCCGGGUAAAAGGUCUGCUGAGCAAGGUUUGGGCCAGAGACUCCAAGUCCAAGUCGUGUGAAAACCUACACGUGCUGUAGCCGAUAAUUCUGUAAUCACGGUCUAAGAGUACAAUCAAUCGUCUUGGAAUCGUCUUGAAUACAUUUUUUAUUUUAUAAACAUUUUUUUUUCCACAAAAUCUAACGAAAUAUUUGAGUACAAUGGUUAUCUGUUCGUACCAAAAAAAAAAACGAAGAGAACCUCCCUCCAAUUUAAACAAACCUAAGAAAAUCAAUUGUGGCAUUUUUGGCUUGCUAAAAAUUUAGUUUUGCCAACCAUAGUCAUAGUAUUAUUAUAACCUAAACACGAUAUAAGUUGAUAAAAUCUUCGAUUGUGUGUAAAGCUAAAUAUUGACGUUUGAAGUUAAUGUUUUGCAAGCCUUUAAUUUAAAUAAUCAUACUGAUUCAUCGUGGCAACAUUAACUAAUGCCCCCGUUGGGCGGCUAAUAAAUAUUGAUCAUUUUUAUGCUUUCUGUACAAUGUGUUAGGAUUUCGUGAAAAUAUUUAUUGUUUUAUUGUAAAACGCACAAUUUGAUUUUGGCAAAUUAUUUAUGAAAGCCAACUCGGUAUUUAUAAGCUACAGACAUUGAAGUUUACUAAUUCGAUUUAAUUGACUAAAUUAACGACGCAACGGUGGCCAUUAUGUGAUACUCUAACGCCAUAUUAAUAGCUUGAUAAUACCAUUGGUUUUAAACUAUCCAGAUAGGUAGUGCUAUACACAAGAACGGCGACCAAUUUUAUGCGGGAUUCCCGCCCGUCAUAGUUUUUGGACUGGACGAUGGUAAACUAUGACGAGGGUACCUCUUUUGACAGCGAGAACCCCACAUAAAAUCGAUCGCCGUUCUUGUGUAUAGCGCCGCUUAUCUGUAUAUUUUAAAAUCAAUGUUAAUAAUGACAAUCAUCGAUGAGUAUGAUGGCUAAACGUUAAGUAGAACGACCAAGAGAUAUAAACCGGACACAGUUGGAGUCGGAUAGGAUGUUUGUGAACGAUAGAGAAAAUUAAAAUACAGUGUAAUUUUUUUCAAAUGGAAAUAAUCGAAAAAAGUUUGUUUUAAGUGCUUGAUACUAACGUGUUGAAUAAGACAAGAAACAACAAUUUUUGGUUGUUUUUAUGGGUGGAAAUUAUAAUAUUAACUUUUGCUUUUUUCGUUUACAAUACUACUCCAUCUUCAAGACCGCUAUGAAUAACGUUUAGAGAAAAAAAAACUUAAAGAAGCAUACGCUGUGGAAACGUGUCAUUCGUUUCUCCUCAGCCUGCGAGUUCAUAAGCAAUCAUAUCGCUGUUUGCCGCCGUUGAUCACCAAUAGAUUUACGUGUAUUUAUAAUUUACCAAUACUUCUAGGCUAUAUUAUACUAUAUUAGUAAUUUUCGUGUUUAUGCAUAGGUAUCGUUAAGUUAAUGUGCUUAGUCUGUAGAGCGUGUUUAGGAUUAAAUACAUUUUUGGUUUUUUAUUCACUAGAUAGUAAUAACAUUUAUCGUAAGCGAUUUUGUUUUUUGUUUUUUAAUUUCUAAUUUUUGCCGUCAUUAUUUUUGACAAUAAUGAUGAUGGUUUCAAGGGACCAUUGCCGUCAUUAUUAUUGCGAUCGCGUUCGAAAAUGCUAUUUCGAGUUAUCGCAAUGAAAUGUCGAUUAGAACGAGUUUCGUUAGUAUUAUUAUAUAUAUAUAUAAAUGAAAACGCAAUGUUUUUUUUUUUGUUCCUAGGAUAAUUAUUAUUAAUAUUUUUAACAUUUUAAUCAUCAGCAGAAUCGGGGACCACUUAGUGUUGUUAGGCAGUAGUGGCGCACAGACGAACGUCGUAAACGACGCGUUUAGCGACUUUCCACGUUUGUUUGUGUCGCAAGUAUUAAUGAGUAAUUUUGUACAUAAUAUUAGUAAUAGCAUAAUAUAAAAUUUAAGUAUUAGGUAUCGCGUUGUUGUAUUCGCACGGAUACAACAUCUUAAUCAUAAGGUUUUGUUUUUUUUUUUAAAAGAGCCGUUCGGUAAACGCAUCUUAUUUCCGGUACUGCGUUUCACAAAUAUCUAUAAACAGCUUAAGUGAUGAAAAAUCUACAUACAAAAGAAAAUCAUAUGUUAAAAUAUGAACAGAUUAAAACCAUGAAUAACUCCAAAACUGUAUAGUAACCUAUAGUAUUGUCAGCUUUUUCAACCGCUAUACAGGAUUUUUUUUUUAAAUAUAUUAUGUAAAAGUUUGUCGAGUCAAAUCACAACAAGAAUAAUCAAUGAUAGUAUUUGCAUCUACUAACCAUUUUGCUGCGUCCGGAGAGAAUUUGCGUUUUAUCGUUCCGACUCGUUUUUAAGUACUAACGUAUAACUAUUAUUUUUUCAUAAUAUAAUGUGCCAUUAUUAUUAUUAUUAUUAUUAUUAUAGGUGAUAAUAUGAUUAGUAUGGUCUUGGUUUGAACGCCUUUGCUUUUUUUGUUAGAUAAAUUUCCCCUUUCCUCUUCGUUUUCUACGGUCUUCCACUUGUAUUCGGAUGAAACCGAUCGAACAGUUAACUCGUUCGGACGUUUUCGAGCGAUAUUUCUUACUAUUCUAAAUCCUACUUUUUCUUCACGACAACCGUAUCCCUAACAACUACCCUACUCGUUAAGCAUAUCAGGGAGCAUGGCAUGUGCAUUCAAACAAUUCACGACCUAAGUGUCAACCCUUAUCGAUUGGCCAACCAACACUUUAGGCCAUCAACAACUUCACUGUUGGUCUACAAAGAUGGGAAAUCAUGUCACGUGCAUUGAUCGUGCUCUAUGGGUAAAUGCGUGUAGGUAUGUAAUAUUAUUUUUUGUUUUAUAAGUUGUUUAAAUCUGUCGAAUUCCAUUCUGACUCAGCCGCGUAUCAAUGCACUUUGUGAACAAAUCAACAAAUAGUAACAUUAAUGUUUAUAGGUCAUAUCUUCAAUAAUUAUUAUCACUAGUCACCUUUUUUGACGCUUGGUUUGUUUGGCAUUACAUUCAGGGGCACACUGAGCUGAGGAGCGUGACUGUGGACAAUUUUCUAUAAGAAAAUCAUAAUACCUGUUUUAUGAUAAGUUGUUGGGAUUUUGAAGGCCGCCUUUAAAUUUGUUCACGGGCCAGGGACCUGUUUAGUCGAUCACGUAUAACAUUUUAACUUUUUUAUUGCUUUAAUCAUAUCACCGUUGUACAUUUUUACACACAUAUCCAAUCAUUUUAACUAAUAAUACUGUCUCGUUCUCUUGUCUUCUGUUCAUGCGUUGAUUUUCGCUUUGCACAUAACUUCUGUCGCGUUCUCGGCCUGUGAUUAAAUACUCUUUUUUUUACCUUCCACUUACUUAAUCUUAAUAAAAGUUCCCAGAGUUUUAAGAAUUUCCAACGUUGGACGUGAGAUUUCUCUUGUACCAUAAUAAUAGUAAUAAUAAUGAUACCUAAGUUAAUAAUACCUAGUUAUAAGUACGUUUAAGUUGUAUCUAGAGUUUUUUUUUUUAAUUUUAUUGUUAUUAUAAUGAACACGACACGGUCGUUCAUACAGUUCGGAGUAUCGGGUAUCAAGUAGAUUUAGAAACGCAUAAAAUUGCAAACAUAUGAUAUAUUAUAUUUUUCUCUUAACAUACAUUAUUAUGAUAAGUAAUAAUGUAUUAGGUUAAGGAUAAUAAUUACUACGGGUUUUCAAUACAAAUAAUAUGAUAACCACGUUUGUUUUGUACAAAUAAGUGUUAACUAUUAUGCAUCAUCUUAUUAUAAUAUUAUCAUGCCUAGUAAUAAUAUUACUAGGCAAUAAUAAUUUAAUAUUAUUUUUAAAAUGUUAUUGGGUUUUAUUAAGAUUAUUUAUAGGUGUAUAAUGUGCAUAUCUGUUUUCUUAUGUAUGCGG